UUCUUGGAAGAUGGCUACUAUGCAGAUGCAGAGGACAGCUUCAAUGAGUGCAUUGGUGUUUCCCAAUAAGAUAUCAACUGAGCAUCAGUCUUUGAUGUUCGUGAAGAGGCUUUUAGCUGUUUCAGUAUCCUGUAUCACCUAUUUGAGAGGAAUAUUUCCAGAACGUGCUUAUGGGACAAGAUAUCUGGAUGAUCUUUGUGUCAAAAUUCUGAAAGAAGAUAAAAAUUGUCCAGGUUCUUCACAGUUAGUGAAGUGGAUGCUAGGAUGCUAUGAUGCUUUACAGAAGAAAUAUCUAAGGAUGAUCAUUCUAGCUGUGUACACCAAUCCAGAAGAUCCUCAGACAAUUUCAGAAUGUUACCAGUUUAAGUUCAAGUACACCAAAAAUGGACCAAUCAUGGACUUUAUAAGCAAAAAUCAAAACAAUAAAUCUAGUACAACAUCUGCUGACACCAAGAAAGCAAGUAUUCUCCUCAUUCGGAAGAUUUAUGUCCUAAUGCAAAAUCUAGGACCUUUGCCUAAUGAUGUUUGUCUGACCAUGAAACUUUUUUACUAUGAUGAAGUUACACCCCCAGAUUACCAACCUCCAGGUUUUAAGGUUGGUGAUUGUGAAGGAGUAAUAUUUAAUGGGGAUCCUACAUACUUAAAUGUGGGAGAAGUCCCGACACCUUUUCACACCUUGAGAUUAAAAGUGACCACUGAGAAAGAACGAAUGGAAAAUAUUGAUUCAACAAUACUAACACCAAAACAAUCAAAAAUACCAUUUCGAAAAAUUCUAAUGGACAAAGAUGAUGGAGAUGAUGAAGAUCAUUACACGCAAAAUCAUUUUGACAUUAAAACUAAAAUGGAUGAACAGAAAGAAAUCUCAGAAGCUUCUAAAAUCAAAGAACAAAAUUUAGAUUGUGAGGAAGAAGAAAUUAUGCAGUUCCAAAAAAACCCAAGUCCUUCAGUUUCUCCUUGUCAGGUUGAACAGUUAGUAAGUAAAACAUCUGAACUUGAUGUGUCUGAAAGUAAAACAAGAAGCGGAAAAAUCUUCCAGAGUAAAAGGGUAAAUGGAAAUCAACAAGGGCAAACUUCUAAAGAAAAUCGGAAGAGAAGUCAUCGUCAACCUGGGAAAACAGUCCUUCAUAACUUGGAAUCCUCUAGUCCAGAGACAGUGCUGAAAAUAAGGAAAGUUGGUGAACCAGAGGAACAUACCUAAAAGUUAUUCUUGUCAUGCAGAUUUGCAGUUCUCAACAUUUAAACUAAAAGAUGCUGUAUUAUUAUUUGAAGGUGUGCUUUCUGUAACUCUGAAAAUUACUUUGUAGUUCACACAGUUAUUACUCUAGUGAAAGUUUUAGCUAUGUGUUUACCUGAGCUAAC